CAAAAGACCAUCAGAAUAUAGAAUUAGAUUUCAUUUGGUAUUUUAUCACUUCCAGAAAUCUUCCUUUUCCAAUAUUACUGACUACGUGCUGCUUUCUCUGAGAUUCCCUCUCUUUCUCUCUCACACACUCACACACUGCCUCUCUGUUUAUCUCUCUCUCUCUCUCUCUCUCUAGAGUUAUUAGCUUAAAAUGCCCCCUUAAAGCAUCAUUCCAUUUCCAAUCCAGCUCAUUCAUUCCCACCAAAAAAAACACACACUCACGCACUCCCCAAGAACAUGAAUUUCCCAAAUACAGAUUCUUUUUUAAAUCAAUAAUUUUACUCCAUACACAAAACCCAAUAACCAAAAUUUCAUUAACCAUAUCCCCUGUUUUGUUCUGUUUUUUUUUUGUAUUUCGGGUAGAGCUCUUUUCUGGUUUUGCUGCAUGAUUCUUUUGGUAGGAUGGCCAAUAAUUCGUCUAGUAUGAUGAAACAUAAUCAAGAACCCGGAUUUCCGGUUCAGCAAAUGAGUUAUCAGCUUAAUAAUAAUCAUCAUCAUCAGCAGCAAUUUAAUCAUCAUCAUCAUCAUCAACAGCAGGGUGGCGGUGGCGGUGGUGAUGUUAGUGGUGGCGGAGGAUCAAUGUCUUCACCGUCAAUUCAACAAAUUCAGCCACCGUCUUCUUCUUCUUCGUCUGUAGUUGGCUACGAUGGGAAAGGAUUGGUUCCCGGAGUUCUUGAGAGUUCUAGUGAGGCUACUGCAACCAGGUUCCAGCCUAGUUUGCAUGGAGUGUCAAUGGACUGGACCCCGGAAGAGCAGGCCAUUCUUGACGAAGGAUUGGUUCAAUAUGCUAAUGAAACAAACGUGGUUCGUUAUGCUAAAAUUGCUGUGUCCCUGAAGAAUAAAACAGUCCGAGAUGUUGCUUUGCGCUACAAGUGGAUGAUGAAAAAUCCAACUAAAAGAAGGAAAGAGGAUCUCAAUUUGUCAAGGAAAAAUAAAGAACGAAAGGAAAAAGUGACUAAUAAUUCUGCCACUCCAUCUAAAGCAGUCAUGCAACCAGCUAUUGAUGAUUUUACUCAAGAGCUUCUUAGGCAGAAUGUUCAGACUUUUGAGCAAAUACAUGCAAAUUUAGCCUCCUUCCAGAUACAGAACAACAUUGGCCUCUUCUGUCAAGCACGGGAUAACAUCUCCCAGGUUUUGAAGAGGUAUGCAACAUCCUUUCAUGACUCAAUUUGCUGUUGUUUCAUAUGGAAAUCUACCGAAGCUUAUAAUUAUUAUACCAUGUUGUAUCACUGUUUUAUGCUUUCCUGUGCUCAUUUUGUUUUCCAGCAUGCAGUAUUGUCAAAUGAAGUAUCCAUUAGUAUUUGUAUGAAUACGGCACAUUGUUUUAUGUCCAGUAAUCUGACAGGGUGGGCCGAUGCUUUCAGUAUAUUCCUAAUGACUAACUAUAUAUAGUCCUUAUUCAUGCGAAGGAUGGAGAAUAAAUUUUAUAAAACGUGACACACUGACCAGCCACUUGAAUGAGAACUUCAAAAAGCUUACCAUUUUGUUUAACCAAGAGAGUUUAUUUAGCAUAGGAGACAGCUUAUCUAUCAUUUAAAUCCAUGUCACUUAUAGGAACUAAAUAUUGCGAAUCAAUUUCUUGUAUUCUGAGAUCUGACUUUUGGAAUCGCUGCUACCUUUGUCAAAGUUAAUGUUAAAAUCUGUAUCCAGGGCAAGCUGUUACCUAAAGAAUUAUCUUCCCGUUCACAGUAGACCAGAGUACAUGGUUAUCUGAAAUUUGUUCAUAUACAUCUUGAGUGAUUUCUGUUUUUGAUUUAGCUGUAAAAUUUCAGACCCUUAUAUUUCUGGUUUCGUUCUGGUACUGUGACGAAUUUACUAGAGUUCAGAACUCGGAUUGCCUAUUCUUCUUUGAACCCCUUUGCAGUUUGAAUCAUGAUAUUGCAUCUUUGCAAGAUUCAGACAUGUACACUAAACAGACCUGUAUUUUAUUUUACAUGUUAUGCUGCAGAAUGCAUGAGCCACCAUAUGUAAUGAAGCAAAUGCCACCUCUCACUGUCAAAGUAAAUGAAGAACUAGCAAAUGUCAUCAUUUCCCAAUCAAGUCUUGCAUUGCAAUGAGCAGUUAGGGCUGGUGCAUUUUGCGAAAAGAAAAUUCCACGCGAGAAAGUAGUGAAGCUAGAACGAGGUGCAUGGUGCAGCCAGCCAAGUUACCUCAUCAAUUUUGUCAAAGCUAGCAACAAUAGUAACAUUGGAAUUAUGGAUGAUGAUGAUGAUGAUGCGACGACGACGACGGUUGAUAUCCAUAUUAUGUUAAUAAUAGGAAAGUUAUGGCCAGUUUCAGAUUAGACAUUCUCAGUUUGCUGAUUGAAGGAACUAUAAUUGUAGCUCAUGUUCAUAAUUUUUGUAGAUUUAAAACACCCAGGAAUGGUAGUUUUCAUAGCCGAUAAUCAGAUUUUAAUUUAGUUUUACAUCAUUCUAGAGUUUUCUCAAAUUUGUCAGGCUCAUACCAUUUUACCUUGGUUUUUUUUUUUUUUUUUGGUUGUGUAGUGUGUAAUAAUGACUUAUCUAGAAAUUCAGAA